GAUAGCCGCGGUCGGAUGGGACGACGAAAACCGAUUGGCUAUGUGAAUUCACUCGUAUCAAAUAGGCCAACAUUUGCUUUUUUUGUGUAUCUGUUGCCUGCCAAGAUGGAUCUGAAGCUACUUUCUAUAGCAACAUUAUUAGGAAUCUUAUGUUUCUGCAGUGCACAGCAAGAGGGCAGUGAUUGCAUCAAGGCGAAUGCACAAUCAUGUGGGGAAUGCAUCCAGGUCGCAGAGAAAUGUGGAUGGUGUACAGACGCUGACUUCCUGAAGCAGGGAGAGUCUAAGUCAGCCCGCUGUGAUGAGCUGAAGUCCCUGAUCACGAAGGGCUGCAGUAAGGCCAAGAUCGAGAACCCCCGGGGCAGCAUCUCCAUCGACAAGGACAAGCCCGUCACCAACCGCAAGAAGGACGUGGCCGAGAAGCUGAAACCUGACCAGAUCACUCAGAUCCAGCCCCAGAAACUCACCCUCAACCUCCGAUCCGGUGAGGCCCAGACGUUUAAGCUGAAGUUCAAGCGGGCAGAGGACUACCCCAUCGACCUCUACUACUUGAUGGACCUCUCCUUCUCCAUGAAAGACGAUUUGGAGAACGUCAAGAACCUGGGGACUGACCUGAUGCGUGAGAUGCAGGAGAUCACAUCAGACUUCAGGAUUGGUUUCGGCUCAUUUGUGGAGAAGACUGUGAUGCCCUACAUCAGCACCACCCCAGCCCGGCUGUUGAACCCCUGCACGAGCAAUGAGAACUGCACCAGCCCCUUCAGCUAUAAGAAUGUGCUGAAGCUGACUGAGAACGGGCAGCAGUUCAACAGCCUGGUCAGCAAGCAGCAGAUCUCUGGAAACCUGGACUCCCCUGAGGGAGGCUUCGAUGCCAUCAUGCAGGUGGCUGUCUGUGGGGAUGCCAUUGGCUGGAGGAAUGUCACUCGUCUGCUGGUGUUCUCCACUGACGCUGGCUUCCACUUUGCUGGAGACGGCAAACUGGGCGGCAUCGUUCUGCCCAACGAUGGAAAGUGUCAUCUGGAAAACAAUAUGUACACCAUGAGCCAUUACUACGACUAUCCCUCCAUUGCCCAUUUGGUCCAGAAACUGAGCGACAACAACAUUCAGACAAUUUUUGCUGUUACUGAGGAAUUUCAGCCGGUUUACAAGGAACUGAAGAAUCUCAUCCCCAAGUCAGCAGUAGGAACCCUGUCCUCCAACUCCAGCAACGUCAUCAAGCUCAUUAUCGAUUCUUACAAUUCUCUUUCAUCUGAAGUCAUUCUGGAGAACAACAAGGUGCCUGAAGGUGUGUCCAUAAAAUACAAGUCCAUCUGCAAGAAUGGCGUGGUUGGAACAGAAGAGGGUGGAAGAAAAUGCUCUAACAUCUCCAUUGGAGAUGAGGUGUCCUUUGACAUUACCAUCGAGUCCCAGAAGUGUCCGUCUCAAGGCAAGUCCGAGACCAUUAGGAUCAAGCCGCUGGGUUUCAAUGAGGAUGUGGAGAUCGUUCUCAACUUCAUCUGCGAAUGUGAAUGUUCCAAAGACGGAGAACCUCUCAGCAAGAGCUGCCACAACGGCAACGGGACCUUUGAGUGUGGAGCCUGCAGGUGCAAUGAGGGACGUAUCGGCAGACUGUGUGAGUGCAGCACAGACGAGGUGAGGACCGAUGACCUGGACGGUAACUGUCGGAAAGACAACGGUACAGACAUCUGCAGCAACAACGGAGACUGUGUGUGUGGAACCUGUGAGUGUAAGAAGAGGGAGAACCCAGAGGAACGGUACAGCGGGAAAUUCUGCGAGUGUGACAACUUCAACUGUGACCGCUCCAACAACAAACUCUGUGGAGGACAUGGGCGUUGUGAUUGCAGGGUGUGUAUCUGCGAUGCCAACUACACAGGCAGCGCCUGCGACUGUUCCCUGGACACCUCCACCUGCUUGGCAGCCAACAAGCAAAUAUGUAAUGGCCGGGGCACCUGCGAGUGUGGUGUCUGCAAGUGCACCAACCCCAAGUUCCAGGGCCCCACCUGUGAGAUCUGCCCCACCUGCCCCGGAGUCUGCGCUGAGCACAAGGAGUGUGUUCAGUGCCGGGCUUUUGAGACGGGAGAGAAGAAGGACACGUGUGAGAGGGACUGCAGCUAUUUCAAUCUGAUCAGAGUGAAGGACAGGGACAAGCUGCCCCAGCCAGCCGACCAGUCCUACCCCCUAUCACACUGUAAGGAGAGGGACGCCAACGACUGCUGGUUCUACUACACCUACGCCGUCAGGAACGACACAGUGAGGGAGGUCUACGUGGUCGAGACUCUGGAGUGCCCAGCGGGCCCUGACAUCAUCCCCAUCGUGGCUGGCGUGGUGGCGGGCAUUGUGCUGAUCGGCCUGGCCCUGCUGCUCAUCUGGAAGCUGCUCAUGAUCAUCCACGACCGCAGGGAGUUCGCCAAGUUCGAGAAGGAGAAGAUGAACGCCAAAUGGGACACGGGUGAGAAUCCCAUCUACAAGAGUGCCGUAACAACUAUUGUCAAUCCAAAAUACGAGGGCAAAUGAUGGCGCAUCCUCUCUGUCAUUACAACACUGUAUGCAAAAUAAUAUGGGGGGGGGGGUUGUUAUGUUCACGGUUUGUUUUUGUAGUCACCAAAUGAUAGCAGUGCAUUUUGCCACUUUCAGUAUGUUUUACUAACCGUUUUUUUCUAUGCAUCGUUUGAAUUGAAAAAAGUGUACAGUAUGUAUAAACUUGGGUUUUUACUUUUUUGUGUAACUUGACGGAAUGUUUUAACUGAAUUAAUUUUUGCCACAGGACUGGCAAGGUCAUUGAAGGUGUGGUUGUGCCUUUCAUAGAACCGUGGAGCCAUUAUUUCUGUUUUGAGGGUGAAAUUGGAUGUCGAUGUGGGACAAGAUAUGUAGCGAUAGCUGGCCAUUGGGGACAGCAAUAAAUUGUAAUAUGUACAGUUUGUAGGAAAUGGAUUCUGUGUAAAGCCAUAUUUUAGUCACAGAAAAGGGCUGGAAGGAAAGUUAUGUUUAUCAAUUUAUUCUUCAACCUGAACAAUCAAUUUAAAUGUUUCUUUUUUAAAGAUAUUGUCAUGAUAUUUGUAAAUCUUUAUAAAUAAAAUGACAUCAUUAGUAGUAUUAUGGGAUCCAGGUUUAAAUUGUUUAGUUUUAAAGAACUCAGGUCCCUAAUAAACUCUUAAUUAAUAGCGAUGCCAAAUAUUACAGAACUCACUGCCUUGUUUGCAAACAAUAUGCCUUGUUUUAAUUGUCUUGUUUAAGUUACAGAAAUUGAAUUCUGAAUGGGGUUCUGAAUGGUUUUCUACUUGACCUAUAUCCUCAGCGUGCUUUUUUGUUUUACUGUCGAAUAAUUAUAUUUUCUAAUUAAUGGUUUGAUCAAACUCUUCCAUUGGAUAAUGGUGACUACAUUACAUUUCAGUUAUAAAGAUCAGUGUUAAGGGAGUGAUGUCAUUCAGAUCUUUGUUGUAUUUCAAACAUCCCACUUAGUUGUAAGAACACAAUCGCCACACUGUUUUUAAAGUGCCUUUUUAUUUCAUCCACAUUUUGCAUUACUUUAUUUCUGAAAUUAUUUAUUAAAGUUCCAAAACAAAUUACCCCAACAUUGUUA